GAAAUUAAGAUGUAGACAUGAGCCAAGAAAUUUACCGUAUUUUUUAGUCCUCCACAGUCUCAAAUCUUCUCCAGAAUGCGUCUUUUUACGUGACAUAGUCCUUCUUUUCUCUCACAGAGUAAAACUUGUUUACACAAACUUCAUCGCCCCCCUGUCGGUUUGAUUCGAGCCCAGCAGAGAAACCCUGGAGGCUGAUCCUGAUCUCUCUUGAUCCUGAUUUUCUCUCAGAAAGCGGGGCUGGCUGCACGGAUCAGACCUGCAGACCUGAAACCUCUCUUCAGCCUUUGAUACAGAGGGGGAAAGGCUUUCAAAUGAGGCUCUUUUGAAGACUUUUUGUAUUUGAACAGAUUUUUGGCGAUAGCUCGCGCGUAAUUCACACGAGGACAAACGGACUUAGAAGGUUUUUUUUCCCCCUUUGUGCGACUGCGAAAGUGUACCGUGGUCACUGUCACCCAGCGAGGCCAACAGAGGAGAUCGAUGGUAAAAACAAGCUGACUAAUUGGCCAGAGGGGUUGAGUGACAGCCGGCGGCGUGUCAGCGAUGGGCCGUAAAUUGGACCUGUCGGGACUAACGGACAACGAGGCGGAGCAUGUGCUGCAGGUGGUGCAGAGGGACAUGAGGCUGCGCAAGAAGGAAGAGGAGCGCCUCAGCGAACUGAAGCAGGAGCUGGACGAGGAGGGCAGUCGCUGCCUCCUGCUGUCACGGCAGAGUUGCUUCAACCAGCGCUGCUGCAUCCGCUGCUGCUCGCCCUUCACCUUCCUGCUCAACCCCAAGCGCCAGUGCCGUGACUGCCACUACAACGUCUGCAAGGCCUGCCGGGUCUACAACAAGCGGGACAAAGCCUGGCUCUGCUCCGCCUGCCAGAAGAGCAGGUUGUUGAAGACACAGUCGCUGGAGUGGUUCUACACGAAUGUGAAGAAGCGCUUCAAGAGGUUUGGCAGCGCCAAAGUGCUGAAGACUCUUUACAGGAAGCACCUGGUGGAGCACAGUGCGCUUUCAGAGCUUACCGAGGGCAGCGCCUACGAGGAGAGUGUCUGCAAUGAGGGCAGCGUCUGUGGGAGUGACUCAACCUUCUACAGACAAACUGAAGAGCACAGCAUGGCAGAGACCCUCACUGUGGCCUUGCGGGUUGCAGAGGAGGCCAUAGACGAGGCCAUUUCCAAGGCUGAGUUCGACACCGCCAGUCAGGAGAAGCAGAAUGAGGCAAACUACCUGCGGGAGCACAGAGGGGAGCUCAUUGAGGAACUGGCCAAAACUAUUGUGCAGAAAAUUAUUAGUAGGAGGAAGACUUUGGCUGAGAUGAGGGCAGAGUAUGAUCAGGAUUGGUCACUUGAGCACAACACUGACCAUCAUCAUCAUCAGUCUGCCUGUGAUCAAGCCUCCAGCUCCCUUAAACACCAAGCAGGCCUCUGGAGGUCACACUCUGCCUUCUCACUGUUGGACAACGACGCUCCAGGUCUGAUACAAGACUCUCCACAGGCGUUAAAGAAGGAAGGAGGUGGGUCAGCCAUGUCAGCCUGGAAGAGCGUAGACCGGCUCGACAACGCUGGUGUGUCCUCAGUGCUGAAGAGCCCAGACGGGAACUGGAUUGCCCUGCAGAGCGCCCAGCUGUCGCGCCCCAGCCUGCUGACCAAGAGGAAGAGCCUGGUCUACAGUGCCUUGGAGAGGGAGUCUGGAGUGGUGUCCGCCUACGAAGGCAUGGGCUCUGACAACGAAACCAAACCCGAGACCGACGGCUCCUGGGGUGCCGUCCUCCAGGAGAUCCACAAGAAGAUGACGGACUCUAACUUCAACCUGCAGGACACCUGCGGCAGGACCCCGUCCCCGCUGAUGGGCCGCCGAGGCAGCAGAGAUCAUCCGUUUUCAGACUCUGAGGGGAACUGGAAGCCUAAUAAACCUCUGCUGGCUCUUUUUAAGAAGAAGGUUCCCGCAUCAUCCCGCAGGACCAGCAUCAUCGAUGUGAACUUCAAUGUGGAGGGAGCAAGAGAGGAAGAGGAGAGCGAGGUGGCUGCAGGGCUGCAAGUGGGAACAGUGAGGAGUACUCAGAAGAAAAGGAGGAGUAAAAAAGAGUCUGCAGCUUCUUCUGUGCUGGAUUGCAGUGAAAAAGACAACCAUCUUUCUGAUGCUGUGACCCCUGACACUUUGACCUCUGGAGCCACGACCCCUGAACCUUUUGACCUUGAGAGUGACAUCACUGGACACGAAGCCAAUCGGACGGACGAGGAGCUCACGUUCAAACUGCAUCAGCUGGCAGGCCCCGCUUCUGAGUCCUCCGCCGGAGAAGAAGAAGAGGUCGUCGACGGAGGGAGAGAUGCUGGCAGUGAUGGGCAGAGGGAGGACAGAGAUGAAGAAGAUGAGAGGCUGUGGAGGAUGGAGAUCGACUGGGAUGAAGGAAGAACAGAGGAUGAGGAGAAGGAAGAAGAUGACGAAGAGAUGAAAUACAGAUUAUACAGGCUCGUCGCACAGUCCAGACUCACGUACUUCUCGUCCACUGAUGACGAGCUCGACAAAGUUGGCCAGAGUGAAGGAGACUGGGAGGGAGACAAGGAUGAAGGUGUGGAGGAGGAAAAUAAAGAGCAGACGGAGGAAAAGACAGACAGACUUACUUAUAAACUCUGUCAGCUGGAAAAAGAAGUCAGAGCGAACCAGUUCUCCUCCACAGAAGAUGAGCUGGACAGAGUUGGCGUCAUGGAUGAAGAGAAGAAGACAGGAGAGGAGGAGGAGGAUGGGAAGAAUGAGGAGCUGGCAGUGAAAGUGUGCAGAUUAGCGACCCAAGUCAACGCCACCCAGUUUUCCUCCACGGAAGACGAGUUAGACAGCGCAGGCAGAGGCGAAGAGGGGGACGAGGCGAUAGAUGAGGAGACGCUGUGGAAACUGCAGGCAGAAAAAGCCGUUCAGGCUGCUCAGCUGCGAGAUCUGUCCAGUCUGGUCAGCGCUGCUCAGUUUUCUUCCAAUGAGGAUCAGCUGGAUGGAGACGAAGAGAAUGAGGUAGACAAUGAGGGAGGGACAGAGAGCAAUAUGUGGCCGGAGAGAAGGAAUCAGGAGAGGAGAGAAUCGCUCGGAGAUUUGGAUGUGAAAAUGUUUGAUUUAAGGGAUGAAAUUGAGGAAAGAAAGGAGGGGAGCAGUGAUGAAAAAGCGACAGCUGAGAAUGUUUGGGAUGGUCAGACAAAACAAGAGGUAGAGGACAGCAUGGAGGAGAGCGUAGCAGGAGAGACUGAGGAUGAAGGGAUGGUAAAGGGGCGUACAUGUGAGGUAAAAGUAGAUUUGAAAGAGGCUGAAGUUGCAAAAGAGUCAGAGGAAAGACAAGAGGAGGAGGCGGAGAGAACGGAAGAGAUAAUAGCCUUACAUGAGACAAAAGUCCAACAAGAGAAUCAGCCAGAGGCGAAGUGGCCAGACAGGAAGGAGGCAGAGGAGAGGCGGGAGGAGGAAAAGAUCAGAGAAAGCAAAGAGAGUCAGGAGAAAUUGGAGGCGGCAGAAGACAGCGAUGAGGAAGAGGCAGAAUUUGACAGAAUAAUCAGCAGCAUGUUGAUGAUGACUUUGGAGGACAUGCAGGGAGCGACCACAAAGGAUGAAGCUGCAGGAAAUGGGAGCUUAUACAGAGAGCCAGAGGAAGUAGCGACAGAAGAGGAUGUAAAAACAAGGAGAGAGAGUGGGUUUGCAUCAGAGGAGACAGGAAAUGCAAAAGAGUCUCAAAGUGGAGGCGACAAUGUGAUGCCAGAGACAGCUGUGAAGGAAAGACCAGGAGAAAAUGUAAGUCAGCAAACUGGAGGAGAUGGUUCCAGAAGGGAGGAGAGUGGGAAUGAAAAUGAGCAGCAGAAAGUAGUUACAGAAACACAGGAAAAAAGACAUUUAGCAAAAGAAAAACCUGUAGUGACGACAAUCGAAGAGACACAUGAGGACAAACAGAAGUGUCAAAGAUUAGAAGUGGAAGAUGAUGAACAAGAGGACAGAGAAAGAAAAGUCACGACAAUGAUGGAGACGCAGGGAGGGACUGCAGAGGGAGGCUGUGACAGCAAAGAAACAGACGAAAGACUUGAAGAAACCAAAGAAGAAGACAAGGUGGAGCAGAGCAGCGCGUCUUCUCCACAGGAGGGUCUGCUGUCACCAGAGGAGAUUCAAAUCGGUAAUGACAUGGAGCUUUACAAAACAAUGCAGUUUAUAUCAACUCUGCUGGAGCAGAGGUAUUCAGCUGUGUCUCUGCGCAGCAUCACCACUGAGGUUCUGAAGGUGCUGAACGCCACUGAAGAGCUGCUGCAGGGAGUGGAGGGAGGAGACGACAGCCGCCUCACCACCACCUCACUGCCCCCCAACACCGACCCCAAGAAACUGGAUCAACAGUUCUCCAGACUGGAGGAGAAUGUGUACGUGGCAGCUGGCACAGUGUACAGUCUGGAGGCAGAGCUCAGUGACCUGGAGGAGUGUGCCAGGGGCAUCUGCAGCGCCACGUCCGAUAUGGAGCUGUCUUUCCUGGAGGAGCAGGUAGCAUCAGCAGCUGCCAAAGUUCAACAGUCUGAGCUACAGAUUUGUGACAUUUCGGCUAGAAUCGCUGCUUUGAAGAGUGCAGGCCUCGAUGUGGACACACAGUCACGCGUCACAAAGACCAGGACCAUUCCAGUUAUGCCUGUCACCCUGGACUCCUCAAGACAGCUGAGGAGGCGAUUACCUGCACCACCAGUGAAAGAAGACAAGGAAACCUAAAUCACUGACCCAGGACCUCUGCAGUACCUCCAACACAGCAGUGCCUUGAUCCUGUCAAUCUGCAGUCUACAGGCCAGUCUCAAGUGAUCUAUUCAGAUACCACUUGCCUUAAUUUCAUUUUAAACUAAACACACCUCAAAUAAUACAGACACUAGUACUAUAUGUGUAUUUGGUGUAGUUGUGCUGUAGGUCACUGAUAAUGCAGGAAACUUGAUUCUAGUGUCAUUUUAUUGAAAUGUGAAGUAGAUAAACAACUUUAUUAUUAGAUUGAUGACCAAACAGUUUUGAAAAGGCAUCAGCAUUGAUCAACUUGGUAAACAGGAGCAGGUUAACUCUCAACUCACUAAAAUCACUAACAUUUGAGUUUUUAGACUUUAGAUUUCCAAAAAGUGAGUUAAAACACGGAAUGUGUACAAAAAUAUCCUAAAGUUUUAUUUCUCGUACUUUUAUAGACUCCAUUUCAACAUCAUUAGUUGUUUAACUUGAUGGAUAAAGCUCUAUAGUGUACACUGACUGAAAAGACACAAAUUAUCAGCAGUACAGCUACUGAGUAAAACCUGCAGUUUACACCAUUAUAAACAGAUCAUAAAUAUACAGAUUACACAAACAUGGGAACAAUUACAGCAUGUUAGAAAAGUGUUGCGAGAAAGUAUCAUGUCUAAAAUAAAUACUGUAUUUUUCCAUGGUUAUGGAUGUUUAAUGUUGUAGUGUACAUAUUUGUACAGCAAUCAGUAAAUAUGUUGUUUUCUGCCUUUUAUUAAGUUCAGAUAAUAAAGUAAAAGUUG